UUUCCAGUCUGGGCCGAAGUGUUUCACGCGAGUCCGCCGCUCAAUUGCCCAGGCGGGAGCUUUGCAAAAUAUAAUAUACUUUUGUUUCGUUUCACUUAGUAUUUUGCAAUUAACGCAAUGCUGUUUGCAAAAAGAGACGUUUAUCCGGCACUGGCGACGGGGUUUGGCCAGAGCGUUUGCUGCUGAAGGUGGGAGUUUCGUGCUGAAACACGAGCAGCAACUCACCUGAGCGCAGGUGUGUAAAAGCUCUUUCAUCUCCCGGACUGCAAUGGGCCGAAAAAAGAUACAGAUUAGCCGAAUCUUGGACCAAAGGAACCGGCAGGUCACGUUCACCAAGAGGAAGUUUGGGUUGAUGAAAAAGGCCUACGAGCUCAGCGUCCUGUGUGACUGUGAGAUCGCCCUGAUCAUUUUCAACAGCACCAACCGUCUCUUCCAGUAUGCCAGCACGGACAUGGACAAGGUUCUCUUGAAGUACACGGAGUACAGCGAACCCCACGAGAGUCGAACCAACUCGGAUAUUCUGGAGACCCUGAAACGAAAAGGCCUGGGCUUUGAAGGUGCAGAACUGGAUCUUGUAGAAGCUUUGGACCCAGCUGAGAAACUGAGGCAGCUUGAUGAAGGAAUGGACCUUAGAUUAGCCCGUCCAAAACUGAGCUCGGCUGCUUCCCUGUCGAGUCUCGAGGGGGCAUCCAUAGGAACUCCCCAAUCUGGGAGCGAGGGUGGUGUGUGCAAUUCAGCCGAAUCUCCUGUUCAACAGAACCGUCUGCAGCAGUUUAAGCCGACUCUUCCCAAAGCAGCCUUCCCUUCAGUGCGGUCCCCAGCCACCCUUGGACCAGGUAUUGGGUAUUCGAUCUUCUCCCACAGCAACCUCAGCCGUGUAUUGUCGAGCAAAACCCCUCCUCCGCUCUAUCUGGGGGCUGACUCCCAUCGGGUGAAAGGACGCCCUUCUGCAAGCAGAAACAAUCUAACAUCCACUCGCCCAUUGUAUCCUCCUGGGCUUCAGAAUCUGAGUCCCGUAUUGCCCAGUGGAGGUCUCCCUGGACGUGGGCUACCAGGAUACCCCUUCCUCUCCUCCACCCCAUCAGAAUAUGCUUUGGGGGAAAGCACCCCACACCCCUUUGGCUUCCAAGGAAACACCACAGCAGCUUGGCAACCCCGAGAAUAUCCGAUGUCAGGAACAGCAAGUCGGAUUUGUGACCAGACCUCUCUAGUCCCCACCUCACCUUCCUUGCACACCCAAAUCAGUGUGAAGUCGGAGCGGGCCUCCCCUACCGCCAGCUGUUCCUCGGCUGUGCCCCAGCUCUCCACAUCUGUGCGUUCCAGCCUCUCCAGUGUCCCCACGGACCUCCAUCCCCAGGAAGAUUAUAUCAAGGGUUAUCAUUACUCCUUCCUUCUUUCCCGGCCUCUGUCAGAAGAACCGAGGCAGCCCAGUGUUCCCUCCCAUCGCCUGCCGCUGGUUGCUGCAGAGGAGUGGCAGAAGUAAUGGCUUGUUCACAGCUGCUCAGUGGCUGUGGCUGUGUGUAGAUGUGUGCAUAUGUGCAAGAGAGAAGGAGCGAAUGCCCAUCACCUGCGUUCACCUGUCAAUCAUAAGGGGGGGGCAAAGUAGGGAAGCAGCUGAUUGCAGAAUUAUACGGGUGAAAAAAGCCUCCCCAUAAAAGAAAAACUCAGGAGCUGGUAGAACAGAGAAGAGGUUACUGGCAGAACAAGGUCCUCCACUUACAACCAUUCAUUUACAAGUAGUCCUCAACUUAACAGCCAUUCUUUUAGUGACCAAAGUUAAAAUGAUACUGAAAAAAGCGACCUGUGAUGGGUCUUUAACUUACGACCAUCGCAGCAUCCGCCACACACUUGUGAUCAAAAUUUGGGUGCCUAGCAACUAGCAUGUGUUUAUUUGCCUAGUAACUAGCAUGUCCUGGGGCCACGUGAUUGUCACUUGGAACCAGUGUUGGGAUUCAGCCAGUUCGCACCAGUUUGGCAAAACCGGUAGCUAAUUUUUUGUUGCCCAGGCCCAGAAUGGACUUCCAGAAGUGGCAUCUAAAACAGAGAACUGGUUAUUCACAUAU